CCAUCUAGGUAGAGAGAGAACUAAAUAUUGUGUAAGCUACGUACGGUCAUUAUUUGUUUAUAUUUCUAUGUUGCGAGAUGUUAGAAGGAGUAAAACACGUGCUGCUAGUUCUUUCCGGAAAGGGAGGCGUAGGUAAAUCUACUAUUAGUACACAACUGGCCCUUGCACUUAAAGAGUCUGGAUUUAAAGUUGGCUUGUUGGAUGUAGAUCUUUGUGGUCCUAGUGUACCAUAUUUAUUAAACUUAGAGGGUAAAGACGUGCACCAAUCAUCUGAUGGCUGGGUACCAGUAUUUGCUGACACAGAGCAGAGAUUAUCUGUGAUGUCAAUUGGUUUUUUAUUAAAAAAUCAAAAUGACAGUGUGAUCUGGCGUGGUCCUAAAAAAACAGCUAUGAUUAAGCAAUUUUUAACAGAUGUAGUAUGGCAAAAUUUAGAUUAUUUAAUUAUUGAUACACCACCUGGUACUUCAGAUGAACAUAUCACAGUGAUGGAAAACUUAAAAAAUGUUAAAUGUGAUGGUGCAAUUUUAAUUACAACUCCACAAGCAGUUGCAGUUGAUGAUGUUUUGAGAGAAGUUACAUUUUGUAGAAAAACUGGGAUUCCUAUAAUUGGUAUUGUGGAAAAUAUGAGUGGUUUUGUUUGUCCAUCUUGUGAAGAAUGUACAAAUAUAUUUUCAUCAGGUGGAGGAACAGUCCUUUCAGAAAUGGUAAAGGUACCAUUUUUAGUUAAGAUACCUAUAGAUCCUCAAGUUGGUAGAUUAGCAGAUAAAGCUCAAAGUGUCUUAAUUACUCUUCCCAAUAGUCAAGUUGCACAAGUAUUUCGAAAAUUAGUUGAAGAACUUACUAAAAGUAAGGAAGCUUGAAACUAUAAAAUUGUAAGAUAUAAAAUAAAUAAAAAUCCUAUAUAUUUUAUAAUAAAAACUAAAUAUUUUACAUAACACAAUUAAAUGUGUAUGUAUCUAUACAAUAUAAUUUCAAUUAAUCUCGUAUAAGUAAUAAAAUAUAAUCUUUAGGAUUAAUCAGAAAUCAUACACACAUUUUGUUACGAUUUUGUAUAUAAAAUAAUUUUUGUUUAAUAAUUUCUCUAUUAAUAUAAGUAUAUUAAUUGUACUAUUUUAAAUUUAUAUACAAAUAUUUUUAUGUAUAAAUAUAGUAAAAACAUUUUUCUUUUA